AUGUAUUUAACGUGGUCUUCCUUCAAUAAUAUAAGGCUGUUAAUGAUGGCCUUCAAGCCUAUAGUGAUAUUCUAUUUGAUAUGGCUUGUGAAUACUUCAGAAACGAUUCGCAGCGAAGAAGGUACCUUGCUGGAUCUUGUAUGCUGGCCCGAUGGGAACGCAAUCCCAGUUGUUAUCACUUGUGCAUCUGUAAUAGCUGUUAUAAUUCAACUCUACGGAUUGUACCAGUUAUUCAGAGCUGGAUUACCGAAGAAGGACCACGAUGUGACCAACGGUCUCUUCUAUUACAUAUGGGCUCUAAUUAUCAUGAUCAUCGUUUUUCUAGCGAUCAUGUUCUAUUCAGGGCUACAGUCCACUAUUAUAAGAGCAAAGAUAAAGGACGGUAUAUCGAAGGCGAUGCUCCGUUACGCGACCCACCUGCCGUCGAAGGUGGCCAUCGACCGCCUGCAGACGAGGUUCCACUGCUGCGGCCGCGUGACUUACGAGGAGUGGUUCUACAUAGCCUGGUACGCGACCGGAGACUCGGAUACUGAUGAGGGCGACGGCCACAAGUUCGUAGCGGACAACGUGCCGUACAGCUGCUGCUCCAUGGAGGCGAUGUGCCCCUGCAUCCACCACGGCGUCUCACACACUGGCACCUUCUACAAAUAUGAUCCACAGAGACAGCUGACGAUCUGGCAGGCCGGCUGUGAGGAGAAGCUCAUUAAUGAAAUGAUGACUGUCUCUUGGAGGUUCAAUGCUGUCAUGGGUUUGAGCAUUGUUGCUAUGAUAGUGCAGCUAGUAGCAGCACGGUACCUGCACACGGCGUACCGCAACGGCCUCCACAUCGGGAACCAGGUCAUCUGCGAGUCCUACCUUCUACGCUCAAUAACUGAUGUCGACGUCAUGGCAUGUAAACUCGCUGACAGGAAGGUUCGAAGGAGGUCGUCUAGGUCCAGGACCUCACAGUGGGUGGCGGCGUCGUACAGCAAGCUCGGCAGUGCCACUACGACCAGCUCGACUGAUUUGAACAGCUCUGAUGAAGUAUUGAAGCCCAUUGUGGGAUAGUAAUAAUCUUUGGUGUAUGAUGUAAGGGUUUUUUUCG